GACUCCUCCAUCUCUCUAAUCCGUCUCCGUAUCUCCAGCCACGGCUAGGACAUGGCUAUCCUCGGCAGAAUGAACUGAACGUGCACACAAACCCGUCCGGCCGCGGCCAAAGUCAAUCCGAGGAAUGUAAGCUGUAGCCUAUGCCUAGAUAACGAAAGGAGUAGGCAUGGAAUUCUGGCCAUCGUGACAUCUUUCUCUUUCCUCUUCCUAAUCCCUCCUCCUCCUCUCCCCCUUGCAUCAUUGCAUCCUACAGUUCCACCCCACGAUACAAGCCAACGUCGCCGUCGCCAUCGCCGAGCGAUUGUCCUGCCCGCCUGCUUUCAGGGUGCUGCGUCCGUGUCCCGUCACCAAUUUCGCUAUACGCAUCGUUUCGAUCAAGCGCAUCAUGUCCGCAACUGUGAGGUUCCUUCAGCCGGCCUUCCGGCGAUGUUCUAGUGUGAGCCCCGGGGUCCUGCUAUCGCCACGAUGCUGUGGUGCCAGACCAGCACACAAGCCGGCGCCAAGGUUUAAUGUGCACCAAUGGAGAUCUCUAUCUGCCACACCACGCCGAAUGACUGACAUCACCGAAAUCCCGCCGACGCCCAUAACACACUUCUCCGAGACCGAGGCAAUGAUGCAAGAGACUGUUUCCAAGUUCGCCAACAACGCGAUAUUACCUAAAGUCCGCGAUAUGGACGAGGCCGAAAAAAUGGACCCGGAGCUCGUCGAACAGCUCUUUGAGCAAGGCCUUAUGGGUAUAGAGAUCCCCGAGGAGUACGGCGGUUCCGGCAUGAAUUUCACCUCUGCAAUUGUGGGCAUCGAGGAGCUCGCUCGCGUCGACCCCAGCGUCAGUGUCCUCGUGGACGUUCACAAUACCCUAGUCAAUACAGCCGUUCUCAAGUGGGGGAGCACCUCGAUCAAGAAGCGAUUCCUUCCGGCGCUCGCGACCAAUACUGUCGGCAGCUUCUGCCUCAGCGAACCCGUCUCGGGCUCCGACGCUUUCGCACUCGCAACGAGGGCGACAGAAACCGCCGACGGAUUUAAGAUUACCGGCAGCAAGAUGUGGAUCACGAACUCGAUAGAAGCCAACUUCUUUAUCGUAUUCGCGAACUUAGACCCUGCUAAGGCACACAAGGGCAUCACAGCCUUCAUCGUCACCAAGGAUACCAAGGGUUUCUCGAUUGCGAAGAAGGAAAAGAAACUAGGCAUCAAGGCGAGCAGCACCUGCGUUCUUAAUUUUGACGACGUCGAAAUUCCCAAGGAAAACCUGCUGGGCGAGCGGGGCCAGGGCUACAAAUACGCCAUCGGGCUCUUGAACGAGGGCCGCAUCGGUAUCGCGGCGCAGAUGACUGGUCUCGCGCUCGGCGCGUGGGAAAACGCUGUAAAAUACGUCUGGAACGACAGGAAGCAGUUUGGAAAGCUGGUCGGCGAGUUCCAGGGCAUGCAGCACCAAAUCGCGCAGUCCUAUACUGAGAUCUCCGCGGCCCGCGCGCUGGUGUACAACGCGGCUAGAAAGAAGGAGGCGGGCGAAGACUUCGUCAGAGACGCAGCGAUGGCGAAGCUGUACGCUUCGCAGGUCGCGGGCCGUGUCAGCGGCCUCGCGAUCGAGUGGAUGGGAGGUAUGGGAUUUGUCCGAGAGGGUCUCGCCGAGAAAUACUGGCGGGAUAGCAAGAUCGGGGCCAUCUACGAGGGGACUAGCAACAUUCAGCUCAAUACCAUUGCCAAGUUACUCCAGAAGGACUACACGGCAUGAGAGAGGACCGAGAAUGCUUCACUGCGAGUUCUCGGUAUCUUUUUGUAUAACUAACCUAGUUGAGGACGCGGCGUACCGACAUCUCGGGUGGGAAGCCGCGGGAUCCACGGUGUAUCUUACGGCGAGAGUGGACGUGACCUCGAAAUUGCCCUUACGUGUAAUAUAUUAUAUCAAGCCUUUCCCCGGCAUCGGGCUAGGGGAUUAGACGUGAGUGCUGGUCGGAAAGGGAUACGCUUCGGACGGCAGCAUUCCUGCUCUAAGAAAAGCUCCUUCGGCAUUAGUAUUAUAUAGCAAACCCUAAAAUCCGUUCACAAGACUAAGACUCUCGUUGCCUAUUGUUGGUAGACCCCCUGGUGAUACCGUGAGGGGGUAGAAUAAUUUAGUGAGACC